AUGGACCAGCAUUGUAGUGUUUUUUGGGAGAAAGGAAAAUUAUGAAUGAAAUGCUUUCGGCAAAGUUCUUUUUCGUAUAUAUAUAAGAUGGAUUGAAUGGUAAAGUCAUUAUUCGAAAAUCGUUUACUUCGACAAGUAAUAAUAUAUUCUUAAAAGAAAAAUGGCAUUCAAAAUCGUUCUUUCCUUCGCCAUCUUGGCUAUUGCUGCCGCUGUCCCAGUUGAAUACCACCAUGAACCCCAUCAUGAUGCUCCAGCUGAAUACGAAUUCUCGUAUGCCGUCCAUGACGAACAUACCGGUGACAUUAAAAGCCAACAAGAAACCCGUAAAGGAGACUCCGUACAGGGACGUUAUGAACUUAUCGACAGUGAUGGUCACAAACGUAUCGUAGAAUAUACUGCCGAUGAACACUCUGGUUUCAACGCCGUUGUCCACCGUGAGCCAACUGACAUUAAAAUCCCAGUCUAUGUUGCCAAGGACUCGCAUUACUCUCAUGCUCCACAACAACACCAUUACUCGCAUGCCCCACAACAACAUCAUUACUCCCAUGCCCCAGCUGUUACACACUACGUAGCCCCAAAGGUUACUAAAGUUGUUGCUCCAGUCCAUCAUGUUGCCACCCCAGUUGUACAUCACGUUGCUGCCCCAGCUCCAGUAACCCACUAUUCUCAUGCUCCAGCUAAAGUAGAAUACAGUCAUGAACCAGCUCAUGUUAGCUACAGCGCACCAGAAUACAACUACCAUUACUAAACGUUGAUAAACAUUGUUGACCAUUAAUUAGGUAGCCGAAAUGUGUAAAUAAAUUAUAAAUUAUUAU